AGAGGGGGAGAGCGAGUCUCCGAGCGUGCGGGCGAGGAAGCGGGGCGGGGGGCCGAGGCGGGGGCCGGGACGACGACUGGGGCGCCGGGGUCGCCAGCUCGUCGCCCACCUCCCUCCCUGUGGGAGAAGAGGAGGAGGGGAAGUGACUGCGGAGUUGAUGAACUUUGCACAUCCAGAAACGCCAUUUUGAUUCCUUUUCCGGAACAAGUUUGCAUCUCUCCUCGUUCUCUCCCCGAAGCCCACCGGUCCCUACUGCAUCAUGCCUGGGAGCCAAGCGCCCUGCCCCGCCGUUGCUCCCAUCUGCUCCAGAGGCAGUGGCUUUGAGGUGUGACCCUGUCCACGCUUGGGCCCAGCCAGCGCCAGCUCCUUGGUAAAGAGGAGCCAGCUUGAUAAGACGAAGAAAACAGUGUCAACGGGUGAUACCACGAGAAGAACAAAAGAAGUGAAGGCAGCCCCAUUUCCUCCUCCUCGUGGACCAGCUCGAGCGGGGGAAGGUCUGCUGCUGGCCUGGCGGUUGGGGCAGAGGAUGGAGUUCUGUGGCCACGGCUUCCUGGACGUGUAAACCCUUGUCCCGAUGACGUCAAGUUCGCCCGCUGGCUUGGAAGGUUCAGACCUGUCUUCCAUCAACACCAUGAUGUCAGCGGUCAUGAGCGUGGGGAAGGUCGCCGAGAACGGAGGGAGCCCUCAGAACGUCAAGUCCCCCUCGAAGCCUCCAGGACCAAAUCGGAUUGGCCGCAGGAACCAGGAAACGAAAGAGGAGCGGUCUUCCUAUAACUGUCCCCUGUGUGAGAAGAUUUGCACCACGCAGCAUCAGUUAACGAUGCACAUUCGCCAGCACAACACGGACACUGGAGGGGCAGACCAUUCAUGCAGCAUCUGUGGGAAGUCGCUGAGCUCGGCCAGCUCCCUGGACCGCCACAUGCUGGUACACUCUGGGGAGAGGCCUUACAAGUGCACUGUGUGUGGCCAGUCUUUUACCACCAACGGGAACAUGCACAGGCACAUGAAGAUUCAUGAGAAGGACCCCAACAGCUCUACGGCUGCCACCCCUCCGUCCCCACUGAAGCGUAGGCGGCUGUCCUCCAAAAGGAAACUGAGUCACGAUGCAGAGUCAGAGAAGGAAGACCCAGCACCUGCUAAAAAGGUGGUGGAGGACGGGCAGCCGGGUGACACGGACAAGAAGGGCGACGAAGUGUUUCACUGCCCGCUCUGCUUCAAGGAGUUCGUGUGCAAGUACGGGCUGGAGACCCACAUGGAGACCCACUCGGAGAACCCGCUGAGAUGUGACAUUUGCUGCGUCACCUUCCGAACCCAUCGAGGACUGCUGCGCCACAACGCGCUGGUCCACAAGCAGCUUCCCAGGGACGCCAUGGGAAGGCCCUUCAUCCAGAGCAACCCCUCCAUCCCUGCCGGCUUCCACGACCUAGGGUUCACCGACUUCUCCUGUAGGAAGUUCCCUCGCAUUUCUCAGGCCUGGUGUGAAACGAACCUGCGCCGGUGCAUCAGCGAGCAGCACCGUUUCGUCUGCGACACGUGUGACAAGGCCUUCCCCAUGCUCUCCUCGCUCACCCUGCACCAGCAGACCCACGUCGCUGCAGGCCAAGGCCCUGCCCUGCCCGGUGACACCCUGGACCAGAAGGUCUUCCUGGCCUUGCUGGGCCUGCAGCACACCACCGACGCCAGGCCUGCCCUGGCUGAGGAGCCACUGCCGGAUGACAACCAAGCAAUACAGCUCCAGACACUCAAGUGUCAGCUACCUCAGGACCCUGGCUGCACCAGCUUGCUGAGUCUGUCUCCUUUCGAAGCUGCUUCCCUGGGCGGGUCUCUCACCGUCCUCCCGGCCACCAAGGAGGGCAUGAAGCGCCUGUCCCUGCAGCCCUUCCAGAAGGGCUUCAUCAUCCAGCCUGACAGCAGUAUUGUGGUCCAGCCCAUCUCUGGCGAGUCGGCCAUCGAGCUGGCAGACAUCCAGCAGAUCCUGAAGAUGGCAGCCUCGGUGCCCCCGCAGAUCAGUCUUCCGCCCCUGUCCAAGGCCCCAGCCGCCCCUCUGCAGGCCAUUUUCAAACACAUGCCCCCUCUGAAGCCAAAGCCCCUGGUCACGCCGCGGACGGUGGUGGCCACCUCCACGCCCCCGCCCCUCGUCAACGCCCAGCAGGCCUCCCCCGGCUGCAUCAGCCCCAGCCUGCCGCCGCCGCCGCUGAAGCUCCUCAAGGGCCGGGAGGCCGCCUCCACCGCCCACCUGCUGCAGCCCAAGGCGGGGGCCCAGCCCAGCGCGGCGGCGCCGCUCUUCUUGCCGCAGCAGCGCGGAGAGCUGCCCGGCCAGGCCGAGAUGAAGACGCAGCUGGAGCAGGACAGCAUCAUCGAGGCCCUGCUGCCCCUGAGCAUGGAGGCCAAGAUCAAGCAGGAGAUCACGGAGGGCGACCUCAAGGCCAUCAUGACGGGCCCCGGCGGCAAGAAGACGCCGGCCAUGCGCAAGGUGCUCUACCCCUGCCGCUUCUGCAACCAGGUGUUCGCCUUCUCCGGCGUGCUGCGUGCGCACGUGCGCUCCCACCUGGGCAUCUCGCCCUACCAGUGCAACAUCUGCGACUACAUCGCCGCCGACAAGGCCGCGCUCAUCCGCCACCUGCGCACGCACAGCGGCGAGCGGCCCUACAUCUGCAAGAUCUGCCACUACCCCUUCACGGUCAAGGCCAACUGCGAGCGGCACCUGCGCAAGAAGCACCUCAAGGCCACGCGCAAGGACAUCGAGAAGAACAUCGAGUACGUGACGAGCAGCGCGGCCGAGAUGGUGGACGCCUUCUGCUCCCCGGACACGGUGUGCCUGCUGUGCGGAGAGGACCUCAAGCACUACCGCGCCCUCCGCAUCCACAUGCGCUCGCACUGCGGCCGCGGCCUGGGCGGCUGCCCCAAAGCCCGCAAGCCCUUCGAGUGCAAGGAGUGCAGCGCCGCCUUCUCGGCCAAGCGCAACUGCAUCCACCACGUCCUCAAGCAGCACAUGCACGUGCCCGAGCGCGACAUCGAGAGCUACGUCCUGGCGGCCGACGGCCUGGGCACGGUCGACACGACCUCCGAGGCCUCGGGGAGGGCAGAGGAGGGCAGUGGCGCUGCCUCGGGUGAGCGCAAACCCUUGGCCGCCUUCCUGGAGCCCCAGAAUGGCAUUCUUCACGGGGGUCCCACCCAGCCGCUGCCCGCCCACGUCGCCGUCAAAGUGGAGCCCACCGGCACCUUCCCAGUAGACUUCAACGAGCCCCUGGACUUCUCCCAGAAGGGCCUGGCCCUGGUCCAAGUGAAGCAGGAGGUGGCAGCCUCCUUCCUGAGCCCCUCGGCCUCGGCCCCCUACGAGGGCUUCAUGGAGCCCAUCGACCUCUCCAUCCCCAAGAACCUCAGGAGAGGGGACAAGGACGCUGCCGCCCCCGGGGACACCAAGAAGACUGAGCAGGACCCUGGGAACAGCGAGCAGGCCGCUCCCUGUCCACCAGCCUGCUCCGCCCUGCCGGCGACCGUGGGGCCCAGCGGGGUCCUGGAAAAGCCCGGGGCCCCGGCUGCGGUGGCCUCGGCAGCCAGCACCGUGGAAGCCGCCGCUCCUUCCCUGCAGGGCUCUGUUCAGCUGGCCCUGCCCAUCUACUCCUCCGCCCUGGUCAACAGCUCCCCACUCCUGGGCAGCCCUACCCUCAUGAGCAGCCCAGCCUUGCUGCGGCCACUGCGGCCCAAGCCCCCCCUGCUCUUGCCAAAGCCCCCAGUGACAGAGGAGCUGCCCCCGCUGGCCUCCAUCGCCCAGAUCAUCUCCUCCGUGUCCUCCGCGCCCACCUUGCUGAAAGCCAAGGUGGCUGACCCGGGGCCCACGGGCGCUGGCAGUAGCGCCACAGCCUCCGAUGGUGUAGGGGGAGCCACCCCCAAAGCCACCGCCGACGUCACCAGCCCAAAAGAAUCCAGUGACCCAUCCCCUGCUGCCAACAGCCCGGAGGCAGCCUCGCCCACCGAGCAGGGACCAGCUGGCGUGUCAAAGAAGAGGGGCCGGAAACGGGCGAGGAGCCGGCCGCGUCCCAGUGGCAGCGUGGACCUGGACUCCAGCGGGGAGUUCGCCAGCAUCGAGAAGAUGCUGGCCACCACGGACACCAACAAGUUCAGUCCGUUUCUGCAGAGCGCCGAGGACGACGCUCAGGACGAGGUGGCCGCGGCCCCCGCGGAACACAACGGGCCCAGCGACGAGGAGCCGGGCAGCCCUCCGGAUGACAGGCUGCUGAGGGCGAAGCGGAACUCCUACGCCAACUGCCUGCAGAAGAUCAACUGCCCCCACUGCCCGCGGCUCUUCCCCUGGGCCAGCUCCCUGCAGAGGCACAUGCUCACACACACUGGUCAGAAACCCUUCCCUUGUCAAAAAUGCGGUGCCUUCUUUUCCACCAAAUCUAACUGUGAACGCCACCAGUUGCGCAAACACGGAGUUACGGCCUGUUCCCUGAGAAGAAACGGGCUUAUCCCCCAGUCCAAAGAGAGUGAUGUUGGAGCCCAUGAUAGCACAGACAGCCAGUCCGACCUGGAGGCCUCGGCGGCCGGAGGCGAAGUGCUGGACCUCACCUCCCGGGAGAAGGAGCAGCCGGCACCAGAGGGGGCCUCCGAGCCCAGCCCGGCCCCAGAUGAGCUGGGGGCCGAGCAGGUGAAGCCAGCGGCCGCCGGGGAGGAGAGGGCGGCCGAGGAGGACGUGGAGCGCGGGGAGGAGCGCGGGGAGGAACGGGACGAGGACGCCGAGGGCCCGGAGGAGGACACGGUCAGCAACAAGAGCCUGGACCUCAACCUCGCCAGCAAGCUGAUGGGCUUCAAGCUGGCCGAGGGCGAGGCGGGCGCAGGCCCGGCCCCGGACCAGAAGCACGCCUGCCACGUCUGCGGCAAGAGCUUCAAGUUCCCCGGGACCCUCAGCCGCCACCGCAAGGCCCACGGCCGCGAGGAGCCUGGGGACGAGAGCGUGCCUCCCGGGAGGCGAGGGGCCGCGCCCCCACCCCCGCCCCCCGGAGCCACCCCAGAGGCCGGCCGAGCCCCUGGGCGCCGGCCCCGGGGAGGCGCGUCGGAAGCGCCUGUGGAGCAGCAGAGCGAGGAGGCGGACGGCCCCUCGGAUGCGGACGGGGAGGGCCCGGCCGAGAAGAAGUCCUCGGAGAAGAGCGACGACGACAAGAAGCCAAAGACAGACGCCCCCCGGAGCGCGGCCAGCAAGGCGGACAAGAGGAAGAAGGUGUGCGGCGUGUGCAGCAAGAGGUUCUGGUCCCUGCAGGACCUGACCCGGCACAUGAGGUCGCACACAGGCGAGAGGCCGUACAAGUGUCAGACCUGCGAGCGAACCUUCACCUUGAAGCACAGCCUGGUUCGCCACCAGCGGGUCCACCAGAAAGCCCGGCACGCCAGACACCACGGGAAGGACAGCGACAAGGAGCGGGGCGAGGAGGACAGCGAGAGCGAGUCCACCCACAGCGGCAACAACCCCGUGUCGGAGAACGAGGCGGACUCGGCCCUGCUCGCCAGCAACCACGUGGCCGUCACGCGGAGCCGGAAGGAGAGCCUGGCCUCCAAGGACGCCGGCCGCCGGGAGGAGAGGGCGGCAGGCCGGACGGCGGGUGGCGGCGGCCAGGCCGCCGAGGGCAGCCCGGAGGAGCAGGCGUCUCAGGGUGAGCCUGACCGGGAGAGCCCCGCGGCCGCGCAGGACCUGCCGGCGCUGCCCGGCAAGAGGCCCGCCCACCCCAUCCUGGCCGCCGAUGGCGCCGCGCUCCUGGGCAUGGAGUGACGGCCGGCCUGCCCCCCAGCACACAGACGAAAGCCAGCAGAGCACCUUGUCCGGGGGCUCCCUCCACGAGGUAUCCCGGUGCCCUUCAGCUGUCGGGGGCAGCGGAGGGAGGGAGCCAGGCGGGCCUCGCUCGGUGCCAUAGCCUUACAGACCCGUGCGGGGAUGGACCACGCGGGACCCGAGUGCCUUAACUACUACAGCCCUCUGGAGUCGUCCCGGGGGUUGUGUUUCCCACAAGGACUUUUUAAAAAAAACAAAGCAAGUAUUUUAAUGAAUUAUUCGGCGAGGACCUUUUCAUUUAAGCAUUAACGUUACCCUCUGUCCUGGUGUGUGAGCUUGUGCUUGUGAAUCUGUGAUCGUAGCAUUUGUUCUGUGAGCUGGAAGCAGAAGGAAAGGAGAACCCCUGCCCCCGGCUGCCCACGGCCGAUAACUGGAAGAAGGUGACCCGGACUGCAUGUCCGUUCCCAGGGCCAGUGUGGACGAGAGGCUCCUUUCUCAAAGAGACGUUUUUUUUUCCUCCCCGUUUGCUACUCAGUGGAGCUGUGGUUUGGUCCUCGGUAUGUUGCAGGGUGUGGUUGAGGAAGGUUUCCGAUUUGGUUCAAGCCAAAACCAGGGAAGAUUCUAGCUUCGACCUCCUACAUGCAUGCUUCCACUGUGUCAGCAUUAGACGUGCUGUUACUGUUCCAGCUCCUGACUUAGAAGAGAGUCACCCUGGCCACUGAACCACGGAAAACAUGCAUAGAUGUCGUCUAUCUGACCCCCCCUUGGUAUAUGUAUUAAUAAUAUUAUUAUUAUUAUUAUUUGUACUUCAUCAGUUUGCUGGUCUCUGCAGUCAGCAGAAACGAAUGGGCAAUAUUUGUCCUGGGAGACCUGGGCGCCCCGGGUCCCCGCCUGAGCGUCCGCCCGCAGCUUUCCUUGGCUCCCCCGGGCGGCAGCUCUUCUACUGUACUUAGGCAAGCCUUUCUUCCGUGACUGCAGAACCCAGCAGGGGCCCUGCGGUCCUCCCGCCCGAGGGGCCGAGGAGCAGCGGGGUUGCCCGGGGGGGUGGCUUCUGGGAAAGCCAGGCGGGCGAGGACCUGUUGCUGGCCGGUCUUCCUGCCGAGCCCUGCCCAGGCCUCCCUGCCCGUGCUCCUGUCCUUAGCAGAGCGAGGACGUACUACUACUGGUAAUGAAACUGCACAUGCGAGAUGGAAGAGGAGAAAUAGAUGUAUGUGUACCUUCCUGUGAUGUGGGGUUGGUGCUUGAAGAUGAGCAGGUUGUCUCUAGCCUCGGAAAUCGCCUGAACCCCUGGGGCACAAAGGCAGGGUGUUCUUUUCGGGAGCACCCAGCCCAGGCCAUAGCGCCCUACUGUAGCCGCCAGCAGCGAAGAGAAACGUGUGCUACUGUCGCCCAGCCGGACCCCUGGGUGCCUCGGUGCCUCGGGCCUCCCGAGCCCCCGCCCCGCCUCUGUCCUCCCGCGCGCGCCCAGCCCGGGGGCUCCCUCUGUCUCCACUUCCUCGCCAGCUCCGGUGGCCAGAAUCCAGACGUCAAAGGAAGAAGGUGUGUGCCCUUGACAUCAUGAGAAAGUGGUGUCUUCACGUGUGAGAGGAAACAGGCCGAGGCGGGUAGGAGUCUUCACUGUGUCAGGGGUGUGUGCACCAGCUUCCAGACGAGGUUGCAUUUACUCUCAGUGGACACGAAUCAGAACCAAUGGUCCCCCCAUCACGUCCCACCAAGCAUGGCCUGCUGAGCUAAACCAGUUCAUGCCUCCCUUAAUUUUUUAUGACGAUUGUUGUUGUUAUUUUCGUUAUUAUUAUUUGGGGUUUCUUGUGUUUUGGGUCUUCUUUGCAGCUCUCCACACUAAAACUCACAACGUCGUGGGGAGAAGCCAUGGACUCUACGCUGGGGUGAGAUGUGGCAGGAACCGGCCCCGCCGCCGGGGCCGGGGCGCCGCUGGCGAUAGUCCGGGUCGGCGUAAAGCUUUAUUUAGCCUCCGUCUGCACCCUCGGAGUCCACAAGGUCUCGCCGCAUCUUACUAGCGAGGUCGAGAGGCGUAGCAUUCGUUCGUUGCUCUGUCCCUCCCCCAAUAUUAAACUGUGAAAUCCGUGAUUUGUUUAACUCUGGGUGAAUCAUAGCUUAGUCUGCAUGUCCAGCUAAUUCGUUUCCAUACAUUUCGUUUGAUUCUCUUUCUCCUUCUCUCAGGGCUUUUACAAAGAGAAAUAUAUAUAUAUAUGGAUCUUCUGAAACGUUUUUCGAGGUGCAAGUCUCUCUCUUUCGUUUUUUUCUCCUUGAUUUAUGGACACGAUGCUGAAAUGCAAUCACUACAUGAAACUCCCGGCUGUGAAAACAAAACAAAAACCCCGAAGGGCUGUUUUUUCCACCAGCCCCGGGGGAAGCUACGUGACAGUCGGGUGCCGGUGUCAGAAAGUUUCACCAUUCUUUCCACCCUCUGUUCCUCUCUUUCCUCCAGAAGGAAGUUGAUCCUGGUGAUUUCAGCCCAAUGCAUUAAACAGGAAACAAUAAUAAAUGUGUAGAAUUCAUAUUUUUCUAAAGGGAACUUAAAACUGCUGCUACAUGUUAUGUACAAAACUGGUUUAUGCCACAUGAACAGAGAAUCACAAGUUGCGUUUUGGUACUUUUGUUCCUCUUUGUGUUCCGUUGUAUAGUACUUCCAAAUUCAAAAUGAGAAGAAAAGCUGUUCUGUAUCAAACCAUCUAAGCAAUAAAUGUUAUAUUUUAAAAACGGCAGGUUGCCAGUCA